AUGGAGUAUUGUUCGAUGGGCGAUCUCAAUGGCUAUAUCAAAAACACCUACCAAAGCCAAGGAAUGCCAGAAGACAUUGUUUUACAUUUUCUCGGUCAAUUAGCUUCUGGCUUGAAAUAUUUGCAUGACCAGAAUUUGAUUCAUCGUGACAUUAAACCUAAAAAUAUCUUUCUCGUAACACCACCUACAACAUCCGCAAUCAAUGUACCUGACGUUAAAUUGGGCGAUUUCGGCUUUGCAAAAGCGCUUCCAAAGACGAGUCUGGCCAUGUCUGUCUUGGGAUCACCAAUCUAUAUGGCUCCUGAGGUUUUAAAAGGGGAGCCUUACAACUACAAGGCGGAUCUAUGGAGCCUGGGUGUAGUAUUGUACGAAUUGAUGACUGGACACACAUUAUUUCAAUCAACAGACAUGGAAAAUCUCCGUACAACAGUGGAUGCAUACAGAGACCAUAUUCCUUUCAAAGCGGAAAAGUAUGUCUACAGUACUGAAUUGAAAGAUCUCGCCAAAGUACUACUGAAGAGAUGUCCCGAGGAAAGAGCCUCUUGCGAAGAACUUUGCCAUUAUGUGACAUUGAUAUCUCAAAUGGAUCGCCAGAAGGACAUCGCCCUCAACUCAUUGAUCGAUAGCAGUGAAUUCCAACAGAUUGAAGACGAAUACAUUGUCAUUGAAUGCGAACCGCCUCUAGCAUCGUCCAUCAUAUCACCAACGCCACCCUUGAUUCCAAAUAUCCAAAGAAGUCAUUCUGUCGACAAUUAUAAAAAGAAACCCACGCUGCCACCAGUAAGGGAUAGGCGACAUAGUGCUGGUGCGAAUGCAUCCAUGUUGACUAAAGCAAUCUCUAUGGCUUCGUUCAGCUUAUUUGGAGCUCACAGAUGCACUGCUAGUACAGAGAAAGCGCCAGAACCUUCUUCCUCAUCAUCUACAAUAGCCGGAGAAUCCAUUGUCGAAGAGGACGACAUUGUUAAAUAUCUUAGCGAAAACAUUAAUCACAACACCACCACACUGAACAUUCGAUUAUUUGAGACUAUAAACUGUUUGAUCAAACUAUACAAUAAUUUGACCCACUCUAGUCAGAUGUAUGCGGCAAGACAAACACUGGGCGAAGAAUCCGUUGCAUUGGUGCGGAAGAUUGUUUUUCUGUUGAGUAAAGCUGUCAUGGUCAAGAUGAGCCCUAGAUACACAGACGAAGAGAGAGAUAUUUUAAGAUGGGCAGCAGAGGAAUUGAACAAGUUCACAAUGAUUCAAUCAAACUACAAGAAAAAGAUCGAUCAACGGGUCAUUCAAAGAUUGCUGUACGAUAAUGCAGUGGAGAUGAGUCGUGAGGCAGCUGUUUCACAGCUUGUGGGCGAAGAUUUGUUUAGCUGUAAAACAAAAUACGAGGAAUCAGUCCUUUUGCUAGAGGCCGUAUUGAUAUUACCUCCUCAUCAACAUGUAAAACAGAAAGAUGUUGUCAUUAUUGAAAACUGUAAGUAA